AUGAUAAUAGGUACUCAGUACUUCCCACGUUAUUUGAAGCCAGGUGAACCUUGCGUUGUUUGUGGGGAUAAUGCAACAGGAUUACACUACAGGGCAAUUACAUGUGAGGGGUGCAAAGGAUUUUUUCGAAGAACAGUUCAGCGAGAAAUCCAGUACAAAUGUAAGAACGAUGAGAACUGCAUAAUCAACAAACUUUCUCGAAAUAUGUGUCAGUUUUGUAGAUUCCAAAAAUGCACUGAAAAUGGAAUGAUGAGAUCACUGGUACUGAAUCACGAAGAAAGAUUAGCAAAACGAAAAAUUAUCGACGAAAAUCGUUCGAAACGUAAAGGGGAAAACUUACAAAAAGUGUUUAAAGAUUAUAUUAGAGGUAAUAAAAUAGACGAAUCUAAGCCUCGUAUCGAUAGCAUCACCAGAAGUUACUGUAAAAUCUUGGAUAAUGAGCUCGAAUGUAAAUUUGAAUCAUCUGUACCGUCUAAACGAUUAGCAGCAAUAAUUUCACUUAUCAAAUGCAGAAUACAGCAGUUCGCUCAAACAAUUGAAGUAUACGAAACGUUAAGUGAAGAAGAACAAGAAGAACUGAUUUCAAAUUCUUGGCUACUAGUAAGAAUUCUACAAAUUUCGCAUGAAUAUAAUUUUCGAGAUCGUUGCUUAUUUCUCGGCAAUGAUACAACGUAUAUCGCUUCUGGAAUUAAAUACACAGAAUUGGACGACGAAACAAAAAUUUUCGAAAAUUUAAUUGAUUUAGCCGAACGUCUUAUUUCUUUAGAAUUCGGCUAUCAACAUUUAGCUUUAUUAUCGGCUAUGCUAAUAUUUAAUCCCCGAAAUAUCAAGACAUCUCAUGAAAAGUUAGAGAAAGCACACAUGGAAUUUGGAAGAUUCCUUCAAUGCAUUACCGAAGGAGACGAUGAAGAGUCAUUUGAUGCGCUCAUCUGGCCAAGUUUACAGAUUACAAUGGAUCACUUCAUCGGGACUGUUCGUCUAAUGGAAGGUUUUUUUCACGACGAAAAAAAUAUCGGUAUUAUAUCGAACAUUUUACUUUCAAAAUAUUCAUAA